AUGGGUUUUGAGGAAGAUGAUGAAGCUGUUGAUCAUGAUAGGGAAGAAGAUGAUAAUGAUGAUAUGAUGGUAGCAUUGCAAGAUGCUGCAGGUGACAUGGAUAUUGAUGUAGAUGCAUAUGAAGGUCACAUUGGAGAUCAAGAUCAUAGAAAUAAAGAAUUUUCAAGAUUAUUUGCUGAAGUUGAAAGCGAGUUAUAUCCAGGGUGUACAAAGUUCUCUGCAUUGACUUUUUUGGUCAGGUUAAUGCAUAUAAAAGCUUUAAACCAUUGGAGUAACAAGUCAUUUAGUAUGUUGCUUGAACUUCUCAAGGAAGCACUUCCAGAGGGUACUAAAUUGCCAAAGUCUUACUACAAGGCAAAAUGUACACUUCAUGCAAUUGGAUUAGGAUAUGAAAUGAUUCAUGCUUGUAAAUGGGAUUGUACAUUGUUUUGGAAAGAAUCAGCUGAAUUGGAUAAAUGUCCAAUAUGUGCUGAACCGAGAUACAAAUUUCAAGGUACUGAGGGGAAAAGGAUCCCUCAAAAGGUGCUUCCAUAUUUUCCUAUCACUCCAAGAUUGCAAAGAUUAUUCAUAUCUCGCCAUACUGCUAUUGAUAUGAGAUGGCACAAAGAGAAGCGUCCUAACGCAAAUGGAGUAUUGAGGCAUCCAGCAGAUGGAGAAGCAUGGAAGCACUUUGAUGAACAAUAUCCGAUAUUUGCUAUGGAUCCUCGUAAUGUCCGGCUAGGUGCUGCCAUUGAUGGAUUUAAUCCUUUUAGUAACAUUAGUACUUCGUAUAGCAUGUGGCCAGUGAUGUUAGUGCCUUAUAACCUGCCACCUUGGAAGUGCAUGAAAGAGACUUUUUCGAUGAUGUCACUAUUAAUACCAGGCCCAACGGCACCUGGAAAAGACAUUGAUGUGUACUUACAGCCUAUGAUUGAUGAAUUGAAAGAUCUAUGGACAAAUGGUGUCACCACUUAUGACAUCUCUAAAAAGGAGAGGUUUACAAUGCAUGCAACAGUAUUGUGGACAAUACAUGACUUUCCAGCAUAUGGAACACUUUCUGGAUGGAGUACCAAAGGAUACAAAGCAUGUCCGACUUGUAAUGAAGAUACUUCUUCCCAAGCUUUAAGAAGUAAGAUUUGUUACAUGGGACAUCGUCGAUAUUUAUCCAUAAAUCAUGCAUGGAGAAAUAAUCGACAAUAUGAUGGAAAGCCUGAAUGA